CACCCGAAUAUCGGGUAAAGAGAAGGUAUCCUGACCACUAACUAAGUGCGAAUGGUUGCCUUUGUCAGUUUCCUGAAACACGUGGACUCGCGCUUCUUAUUCAGCGGAUGCUUUUUGUCCAAACCAAAGUGACUCAGGGUGUUAGAUAAAUUUAAAAUUAUGUAGCCAUUGGUACAGGAGGAUAUCAUUACUGUAUCAGUGCCCGGUAAAUACCGCGAUCGGGGGGGUAGCCCGCUACAGCACAAGUCAAACACGAAGUGGAAACCUUCGGACUGAAAGGAAAGAGGUUUGGACGACAGGAACACCAGGAGGACAAUACCCGCAACCUGAAAAAGAUGGAGAGGAGCUACACAAGCGGAGGAGGAGGAUCGAGCUGCGGCUCGCGAAGAAAAGAAGCCCGUUAGGUUACUAGAGACACGGAUCAAGUCCGUCGGAGAAGAGCGCUGAUGCUGUUAGUGUCACUUUGCUCUAACUAAGUGUUCAGGACUGAUUUCACGCUGCUUCCCACUCUUGGACACGCUUACCUGCAACAUGUUACCGACUUGAAUGGACCUAACCCGGUGGGAUGUACACGGGCGAAAAUAGACGGUCACACCCUGGGGCGCCGCGUCUCAACAAACGCAAAUCUUCCAGCUUUUGUGCUGCUGCUGCUGCUGCUGCUGUGUGAUCGGUGACACCCAUUCGAAGAACUGCCUGGGGAUUGUGUGCUUUUCUUCUCGGUUCCUUUGUUUACAUGCUUAAUAUUUUCUGCCGUGGCGUGGCAGAAAUAACCUAGAAACAACUUUUGACGGGUGCUCUUUCUUUCUUUGUGUCCCAUGCGUGUGUUACACUGUACUCCGCAGCCGUCAUGCUCCUCUGCUCUCACACUGAACUCUCGUCAUCCAACCGGUUGAAAUGAGGCAAUUCGUGUGAUUUUUUUUUUUCUUUUUUUUUUGCACAUCAGUGACCAUGUGAAAUUUUCUUCUCCGUGGUGUUUUUAAAGCUCUUGCAAUCGGACUCUCCUGUGUCACUUGGGAGUCAGUAACCAGUUAAGCUAAACGAGACUGAUUUCAUGUUUUAUUCACUUAAGUUUUAUCUAGUUGCAUCUUGCAAACCUGUGUUUAAUGCUGUGUUUCUGCUCGCGCGCAAUAAUCAUGAUGAUAUUCGAAAUAAUUAAGGUGUCAUCGGAAGCGCUUUUGUUUUUGGACGCUUUGUAGGGGGGAAAAAAUGAAUCCGUGCAGAAAUAAAUGUUAACAGUUUUUCGUAUACAGUGUAAUAUUGUGCUGCAGAUCAAUGCUGCAGCCGCACACUGUUGCGAGCUAAAAUGCACGUUUGUUUACUUUAAAUGAGCUUCAGCUAAGUUCAUCUGUAUGACCGGGUGGCGGAUCAGGUGCGCUUGUCACUUCUGUACAUCUGUUCACCAUCAUGGGAACCAGACACACGAAGGGGUCCGUUCCAGAGCCCGGCCCGAGUCCACAGCACGGCGCGUGGAAGCGGACCCCCAGCAAGGAGCGCGGCGACAUCUUCGCUUCUCUCGUGCUGAAGUCGGGGGACCGCUUCGGCCGCCAUGCCCCACCACCGCCCUACCAGCGCCGCGUGGUCAUGAUCCAGCAAAUGAUGGCCAUGGCCAAAGAGGGGAAGCAGGACGAGGCGACCGAGCUGCUGAAAACACUCCGACAGGACUUAGGAAUGGAGUCAACGUCCCUGGAUGACGUUCUGUACCGCUAUGCAAGCUUCCGCAACCUAGUGGACCCCAUCACUCAUGACCUCAUCAUCAGUUUGGCCCGACAUGUCCAUUGCCCUAAAACAGAAGGGGAUGCCCUGAGCUCCAUGGAGAAAGUGUGUCGGCAGCUGACCUACCAUCUGAGCCCCCAUUCACAGUGGCGACGGCAGGGUCUUCUGAAGAGGAAGCCCCAGGCAUGCCUGAAAGCUGUGCUGUCCACCCCACCACUGGGUGGUACCGUGGACCUGUCCGGAAUACCAUUGUCUGCCCGGGACGUGGAGCGCCUACGUGCUCACCUCCAGCGUCACACCACCCGUGUUCAGAACUUGGAGAUGGGCUUCACUGAGCUCACGGAUGAGGCCCUUCUGCAACUGCUGCCCUGUCUGGCUGCACUGCCCCAUCUGGAGACGCUUGCACUCAACGGUAACCGGCUGACACGAGCUGUACUCCCAGAGCUUACAGACGCCCUGAGGGACCCAAGCCGUUUUCCCAGUGUCACCUGGAUUGACCUGGGCAACAACGUUGACAUUUUCUCAUUGCCACAGCCCUUCCUGGUGGGUCUACGCAAGCGCUGUCCCAAGCAGGGCAACCUGCCCACUAUUUUAGAAUUUGGAGAGAGCCAAGCCAGCGAGCUUGAGGGUGCUGGGACGGGAAGCUUGAAGGGCAUGGAGGCAGCUGGGUCGAUUAACUUGGUGGCACAGGACAAGGCGAAGGCAAAAAUACAGAUGAUUUCAGACAUGCAGGGAGGUGACAGUUCACUGGGGCAAAAGACAGGAGAGGGACAAGGAAAAGCAGAAGGGAAGGGGAAGGAGAAGAGACCUGCUCAGUUAAAAAUUUCUCGGCAAUCACAACAGCCUUCUGGGUCAAAUGAUCCAGAAGAAGAUGAAAUGGAAGAUUGGGUGAGAACUCAAAUUGAACAUUAUACCUGAAAGUCCCAGUUAAGUACUUUUUUCUCUACCCAUUACUCCACUCGACUUGCUCACAGUAAGCAGGAGAAGGUACAUUCAAGCCUAUAAGAGAUAUACCUGAGCUGUUAAAAAAAGAAAACCCUCCUUUUCAGUUGUGUGGUCUACUAUGACUGCUAAAGGUAUUUUUCAGUACUCGCAUAGUAAUCUAUACAUCAUAAGGACAUUCAAUUAUAUCCCAUGUAUUUUUGAAAAGCUGCUACAGUACAUGAAAUUGCUAUGGGACAUUAUUACUUUUGUGUGUACUGUUGUAUUCGAACUUUGGCACUUUGUGACACCUUUUUGCAUAAUGUAAGUGACACUUUUGCAAAGUGUUAGACCUUUUGGUAGGUUGUUCAGUUGAACGUAGGAACCCUGUGUGCCUGAGAAGCAACAACAUAAAAAGCAUAGGGAAAGGGGUGAAGUCUUGAUUUUAUCACAUACUGCUGUGUUUUAGCAGGCAAGCUAAAAAUAUUUUUUUUAAAUAUUGCAAAGCUGAAAGCUGUUGCCAGUGGUGACCCUUUGUCAGCACCUGAAGGGAGGACAAAGUUUAGAACCAAGACGCAGAAGUGGUGAGUAAUCUGAACUCUGUAACCAGGUGCUACCUGAUGUAGUAAUUUUUGUCCUGUGUGACUUCAGAAAGGCACAGUAAGCCAUAUAUUAACAAAUGUUAAAGGAUUAUGAAAUAUAAGUAAUGUUUUUCAACCCUUUGUUCAACUACGUAUGUAAAAGCAUGUUUUUGUUUUCACUUUCAUAUAUGUAAUUUUAUC